GAUGACGACCCCAUGGUACGGUAGGGAAGUUAUUUCUGGUCCUUAUUCCGCUACUCCACAUGGCACAGCCUCAGACUGAAGCAAAUGAAGGGUCUUUGCUACUCUCCAAUGAGCUGUCACGCUACGAUUCUACCUGCAUCCACCAAGACCUUCCUGGGGCAGCUAAUGCUUUUGACAGCUAUGACAAAAUGAAAGACGAAGUCAAAUUCAUCGUCAAAUCGUCCAUUCCCAUGAUAGUCACCUUUUUCCUCCAAUACUGUAUCCCAGUCAUAUCCGUUCUUUCUGUGGGGCAUUUGGGAUCUCAAGAAUUAGCCGCCGCCUCGCUAUCAAUCAUGUCAUUUAGCAUUACGGGGAUCUCAAUCUUCCAGGGGAUGACAACAUCUUUGGACACCUUGUGUGCCCAGGCAUACGGUGCUGGGCGCUAUCAUUUGGUUGGGAUAUACUUCCAAAGGUGCAGUGUAUUGAUGCUUUCCGUCAUGGUUUUCCUUGCUUUAAUUUGGUGGUUUUCCGGUACGCUCUUGAGCGUUGUAGUGCCUGAUCGUGAGUUGUGUUUCAUGGCAGAGAGCUUCAUGCGUGUCUUGGCCUUUGGCGCUCCUGGGCUCAUCUUCUUCGAAAGUGGGAAAAGGUUCUUACAGGCCCAGAAGUGUUUCCACGCAGGGACAUACGUUCUUGUGGCGGUUUUGCCUUUGAACAUUCUUCUCCAAUACGUGCUAGUUUGGCACCCGACAACCGGAAUGGGAUUCUUAGGAGCACCACUAGCCAUGUCGAUCACUUAUUGGAUGAUGGCUCUACUCUUGCUAGCCUACGUGUUAUUCAUUGAUGGAAAGGCUUGCUGGGGUGGAUUGGCUAUUAAACAGUCAUUUACUAACUGGUGGCCCAUGAUUUCGCUCGCUUUUCCAGGAGUGGUAAUGGUGGAGGCUGAAUUUUUGGCGUUCGAGAUAUUGACCAUUCUCGCCUCCCAGUUUGGCACGGAGUUCCUUGCUGCCCAAUCGAUCGUCGCAAAUACCUCAACGAUCUUCUUUCAAAUCCCUUUCGGAAUUUCUGUUGCUGUUUCUACCAGAAUGGCCCAUUGCAUUGGUGGUGGGUUUCCAGAAGGAGCUAAACGUGUUGUAAAAAUAUCUGCUUGCCUCGGGGUCAUCAUCUCGACCCUCAAUUGCUUAGCCAUUGCAGUACUUCGAAAGCAGAUUUGCCGCCUCUUUUCCCUGGAACCCGAGGUGGUUCAGUUGGCCUCACACGUGUUGCUUGUUCUUGCAGUGAACCAGCUCGUCGAUGGCCUUAACGUCACGUUUGCUGGGUGUUUGAGAGGUCAAGGGAGACAGCGGAUUGGAAGUAUUUGGAACUUGGCUUCGUAUUACCUUGUUGCUUUACCUUUGUGCUAUGUAUUAGCCUUCAAAUUUGAUAUGAAGUUGUAUGGGUUGUGGAUUGGCUUGGGCAUCGGGGUGGGUUUCUUGGCUCUUUGCGAGGGAUUGUGUAUUUUCUGGAGCAAUUGGCCUCAAAUAAUGAUAGACGCGGAAAAGAGAAACCAAGAAGAUAGCUAAUCCAGUCACCAAAUAGCUUGGGAGAGAAAAGAUAUAUAUAAACAAACCAGGAGUUGAAUCUGAGGCUUUUCACAUGCUUAGCGAACGUACCUCGUCACAUACCUAUUGGAUAACACGAAAGAUAUGAUUUAUUGCCCGACGAAGUUUCGUUUAUAUAAUCCCUCAUGAUUCUUUCCAUAACUCAUAUAGACUGGUCGGCUCCAGGUAUCUCUUCGUUAUGGGAGAUAUCGUUUCAAAUUAAUGUCUAGAAAUUUAUAUAUAGACUUACAAGAUGCACCAAUUUACCCUGUAUAUGAAAUGAGAGCUACUUUG